UCGAUAAAAAUAUUUUACAAUUUUUUUCAAGUUCAAUUCAGCAGUCGUAUAAAAUGUAUAUACUCAAUAGGUUCUUGAUCCCUUCAAAUUGUUUUUUAAUUUUUUUUAGUUUUUGCAAUGCGAACAAUGGCAUGCGGUCGAAACUUCCUCGUUACGUGAUUGAACCCAAUUUGAAGCCAGCAAUAUUUGGUUCAUAUAGCUACGACGCCGUGAAGGGUAAAUUUAUUAUAAAAGCCGCAAACAUUUCCACAACCGAAAUAAAUUUGACUGAUAUAAUAUUCAAUAAUUCUACGUCCAGCAACAAUGACGAGAACUAUAGAAAGCAUGUUAGCAUACCAAUCACAACGACAACAACAAAAUCUUUCAACUGGUGGGCAGAAACACGAGAAUUGCUCAAGAAUUCUACACUUUUUAAAAAUAAAUUUAAUUCGAAUAAAACUGUAGCUGAUGUUGCCAAAGACAAAAUGCAACCGUUGUAAAUAAAAAUGUUUAAUCGAUAUUAAUGAUUAAACAAAUAAAUAUGUA